ACAGUUUUUCCCCUCCAUAUGUGUUUGUGUUGCUCGAAAAGCUGUUAGCAGGCGGCUACUAUACUGUUUUAUAGGCGAAAAGUUGUGGACGAAGAAAGUGACGUUUCCCGCUGUUGGCUAGCUUAGCAUUAUCGGUCAAAUGGCUCAUAUACAAACAGAAACUAGACGUGGUACUCUUACUUCGAAGACUUCAAACAAAAGGCUUAGCCGCUGCGAAUUACAGACCAUAAAGUGUGUCACCGUCGGUGACAGUUGUGUAGGUAAGACCUGUCUCCUCAACAGCUACACCACCAAUUCCUUUCUUGAGCACUGCAUUCCUACAGUGUUUGAUGAGUACUUAGCUGACGUUGUACUGGAUGGUAGACUGGUUUCUUUGCACCUUUGGGACACAGGAGGACGGCCCGAUAAUGACAAACUUCGCCCGCUCUCACACGCAGAAACGGAUGUGUUCCUCGUCUGCUUUUCGCUCGUCUGUCCUGCCUCUUUUCAUAAUGUUUCUGCCAAGUGGUACCCAGAGGUGAGACACCACUGUCCCAACACUCCCAUUAUCCUGGUGGGCACCAAGUUGGAUCUAAGAGAUGACAAGGAAACUACGGAGAAGCUGAAGGAGAAGAAACUCUCCCCCAUCACUUAUCCCCAAGGUCUAGCUAUGGCCAAAGAGAUCGGUUCUGUCAAGUACCUGGAAUGCUCAGCCCUGACUCAGCGUGGCCUUAAAACGGUCUUCGAUGAGGCUAUUCGGGCCGUCCUGUGCCCCCCACCUGCAAAGAAGAAGAGCAAGAAGUGUUCUCUCCUUUGAGACGUCCUGCAGCACAGCAGUUAGAGGGGAUGUGACUCCUAGUGGGGAGCGCGGCUGCAUUCACAGGAGAAACACACUAGUAUGUAAAAACAAUGUGCUUCAGAUUCUUUCCUUCCAUAAAUGUAAUUACAGCUGUUUUAAUGAAA